AAGGAAGCUACUGACAUUUUACAUUAGUUUGACUGUCAACAUGAUAAUCGAUUUAGACGAAAUCCCACCAAAAGAAGAAGUUGAAAACGUCAGAGUAUUCAUACGAAUUCGUCCCCUAAGAGAAUCAGAGAAGACACUGAACAACAAGAGAUACAUCCACUUGGAAAGGAAUGUCUUACAACUUCUCAAGUCCAACAUAAGCCGAACCUUUCAGUUUUGCAAAGUAUUCGGUGAGGAAAGUACCCAAGUGGAUCUAUACAGAUGCAUCGCAGUACCCAUCGUAGAAAAGGUACUGAAAGGCUACAAUGGUACGAUUUUUGCUUAUGGGCAAUCCGGUACAGGCAAGACACACACCAUGAUCGGUGAUAUUAAAAACUCGGACCAAAAAGGCAUAGUACCCAAUAUAUUUUCACACAUAUUUGCACAGAUCAGUCUGGCAAACCAUGACAUUUCUUAUGCUGUUACCGUAACCUACUUGGAGAUAUACAAUGAAGAUAUCAGGGAUCUGUUAUCUGAUGAUCCGACGAAGAAGCUCAAGGUUCAAGAAAAGCCUGGGGUAGGAGUUUACGUAAAAGAUCUACUAGGCUUUACUGUGAAUUCUCUUGAGACAGUCGAUGAAAUAUUGACCAAAGGUAAUAAAAAUCGCUCAACUGGCGCGACAAAGCUCAAUGAUUCAAGCUCUAGAUCACACGCUAUAUUCACUGUUUCGAUAGAAUCUAAAAACAAGGUCACCAAUAAAACUACAUUCGGAAAACUGAACCUUGUGGACCUAGCGGGAUCUGAAAGGGUAAAUAAAACGCAAGCUACAGGUGAUAGACUUAGAGAAGCUGGAAAAAUCAACAUGUCCUUGUCCAUCUUGGGAAACGUUAUAUCAGCUCUGGUUGAUGGUAAAAGUUCGCACAUACCUUACAGAAACUCCAAGCUGACUAGAUUACUCCAAGACUCUCUUGGCGGUAAUUCUUUGACUGCAAUGGUCGCCAUGAUCAGUCCAAAUAUUUUGGACUACGAAGAAAGCUUAUAUACUCUUAUGUACGCUGAUAGAGUGAAGCAUAUACAGAAUCGAGUACACAUCAAUUCUGAGAAGCAGAGUCUUAUUGACAGCUUAGAAAGCAAGAUUGGUGAAUUGAGACUGCAGCUAGCUGACCUCACUGUAGCUGAGCAGAAGGAAAAGAAGAAAGAAAGGAAAAAAAUGAAUAAUUCUUUAGAGCUUGAGAAUAUAGAACUGGAGAAGAGCAUGCUGGAGAAUAAGAUAUAUAUUAUUCAGAAAAAGAUUUUAGUUGGUGGUGAAAAUCUUAUUGAGAAAGCCCAGCAACAGAUGGAGAUGCUGGAAGAUACAGCGAGAGAGCUAGAGCAUUUGGAUAGCUCCCACCUGUUGCUAGAGGAGAUACUUUACUACAAAGGCAAAGAGAAGACUAUAGUUGAAAGGAAAUAUGCGACUUUACAAGAAGAAGAUAAGGAGUUAGACCAAAGAAUUUCAGAAAGCGAAAAGCUUAUGGUCAAAGCUACUGAAAUACUAGUGAGAAAGGAAUGUGAAUAUCAAAACGAAAUCAGCUCUUUGUUGGCUACAAACAAGGCCUUGGCUAAAGAAAUGGCACUGGUGAACUUCGUGGUGAACAACUAUGUGCCAAAGGAGUUCAUAAAUAAGGUGAAGUCUGGUCUGUUAUGGGAUGAAGACAGUCAAGAGUGGAGAGUUAAAGGUAUUGCGUACUGUGGGAAUAAUAUGAAGAGAAAUGAGAUAAAGCGGAAGAAGGAUGAAAUUAAGAAUUGCGAUAUCGUAUAUUUUAAGUAUGAGCACAAGAAGUCUACGUAAAUAGAAUAGAUGAACUGCCUGAUAUACCAAAAAUUCAUAGCAUGCAUUCCGGUAUUAGUCAAUUCUUGAAGCAAUAUGGUAUAAUAUAAUAGAUGCAUCAAAAUGAACCAGUAUAAUAGGCACUCAGACGGCAAAGAGUAAUAUGAUCAUCCUCGUGACAUUUGUGUUUUCCCUAUUUUUUUGCAGGAUAAAAGAAUAACUACAACGCUAUGGAUUGAUUUUAUUAUAGUGUCAGAGUAUGUCUAAGAAUUUCUUGAAUUAGCUAGAUUUUGGUGUGGGGGUUUUGUAGACCAGUAUGAAUAAAUAGAAUAUAGAUCAGUCUCUCACUUAUUUAUCGGAUACUAAAUACUUUUACACCCCACGUCUACUGGCAAGGAAUUGCUG